AUGGGUAUAACUGAGGGAUCUGAUGAGCUGACUUGGACGAAAUUGCAGCUGACUGCCGAGUCAAGCGCUUUUGUGUUGCUAGCCCACUAUUCUCGAGUCAUGCCACCGGCUGGUGGUAAACGAUACCUGACCUCCACGGCAGUCUUCCUAGUCGAAGUGGUCAAGCUAGCCAUAUCCCUCACCAUGGCGCUCUAUGACGUCUCUAAAACCGCACCUCCCUCCAUGCCAGCCACGUCUCUCUUCUUCUCUCUCACAAGUGCCGUGUUCUCAGGCGACAGCUGGAAGCUAGCGAUCCCCGCUAGCUUGGAGGUGCUGUCCAAUUCCCUUCUUUACAUCGCGCUGUCGAACCUGCAAGCUGCAACCUUCCAAGUGACAUUCCAGCUGAAGUUCUUGGCCACCGCGGUAUUUGGGUUGAUGCUAUUGAGACGGAGUAUCCCCGCCCGGAAGUGGGGCCUGUUGUUGCUACUAGUGGUGGGCGUCGCACUGGUGCAAAUGCCCGAUGUAAGCUCGGAGCAAAUUCUGAAGGACGAUGCAAACCGUCACUUCCCUCGAUCGCUGGAAGAAUGGAAGGCAGCCAAGCAAGCAUCCGGGUUGCAAAAGCGGUCCGCAACUUAUGAAGGAAUCGAGGAGGAUCUAUCGACGGCAGACCCGCAUCUGAACCCCACAAUUGGCCUUCUUGCAACCAUCGGGGCGUCAGUGGCAUCCGGACUAGCGAGUAUCUACUUCGAAAAGGUUCUCAAAGACAGCUCAAAACACAUUUCGUUGUGGGUGCGGAACGUGCAGUUGGCGGUCUACUCGGUUUUCCCUGCUCUUUUUAUUGGAGUUGUCUUCCGGGACGGUGAGAAAAUCGCCGAGGACGGGUUCUUCCAGGGCUACAACUGGGCGGUGUGGUCUGCCAUCGUGAUACAGGGCUUGGGUGGGAUCGCGUCGGCGUUCUAUGCUAGCCAUGCACAGAAAGAUGCAAGGAGUCUGGCGACAACAACGAACAUCAUCUUGACCACCGUGGCAAGCGUCUGGCUCUUUGACUUUGAAGUUAACGCAAGCUUCAUCUUCGGCUCGGCCGCCGUGCUGGUCGCAACACACUACUAUGGAAAUCCUACCUACAACCAUGGAAUCCGUCCACCUCCAAUUCGCAUUGAUGCCUAUGAAAAGGAUGCUGCAGGCCCCGAAGGUUCACCAGUAGCACCACCGAACGAGAUUUCUAUCAAAUUGCCAACAACUCCGUUCCUCUCAGACGGUAUAUCAUCGUCUCGACCUGCCUCUCCAGCGGCAGGCCACACGAGAGUAAGCUCCAGUCGGAACGCCAGUGCGACUGGAUAUUUUGACGAGAAAUGA